UCUAUAGAAACAGUCAGCUGCAAGCUCUAAGGUCUAUACACAGCUUUUGUUUUUUGUUUCCGUAGAGCAUUCUACAUAAUGCAGACGUAAUUUUUACAUUUUAACAUCGCAUUCUCUUAUUUAUCAGCGGAAAAUUAUGAAUGCAGAAUGACGUCAGUAUCACAUGGGAAGUCUAGAGCCCCAGCACGGAGAACUAGGACUGCUUCUCACUUGCCUGCAACAUCGGUCAGAGCUUCUAGUUCUAUAACAAAAUCACAGCCAAGGCCCAGUGACAAACUUAAUCCAAAGACAGUUGAUCCCUUCAAUAGCCAACAAAGACCGCAAUCGGCCUUUGCUGCUGUCUACUCCAAAGGAGGCAUUCCAUGCAGGUUGGUUCAUGGAUCUGUAAAGCACAAGCUGCAAUGGGAUAGUCCUCCAGAAUCAUUUCCAUUUGAUCCACUUGUCAUUACUCUUGCUGAGGGCCUUAGAGAAACCAAGCAUCCUUAUACUUUUGUCGCAAGUGUAGGGUUUAAGGAAUUACUGCUGGUAGAAGAUGCUGCAAAGAAAGCAAUCCCACUAUUGCCAAGGCUGAUACCUGUUCUGAAGGCUGCACUGGCACAUUCUGAAGCUGAGGUUUUCAAUCGUGGGUUAAAUGGUUUAGUUCAGCUGAGUGCAGUUGUUGGGCCCUCACUUAAUGAUCACCUAAAGCUUCUACUGACAAGUCUUUCAAAAAGAUUAAUGGAAAAGCAGUUCAAGGAGGAUGUCACAACUGCUCUGCAAAAGCUUGAACAACAUGGUGGAAAGGAAUGCCUUGCGAUAAUCAAAUCCAAAAUUCCAACAUAUUGUUCAGUGUUUUCUUGAAGGGAAGGGACCAGAAUGGCUUACAGAUGGCUUAAUAAUAAAGCAUGUCAUGUUUUAAUUCGAGUCCAGACUCCUAGUCAUUGUACAGCUCCGCCUCCACCUUCUGUCUGGAAAUGACUUGCGUCAGUUUUUUAAUAAGCUAUGAUGGGAAUGUAUUGUUUUACUGUGUGUUUUGAUCAAAAUGCUUUGUGUACUGUUUAUUCUUUGGAAGAUAGUGGUACAUUAAUAAGGCUUAAAAGUAUCCUAUAUAGUCAUUGUCUAAAAUGUCUGAGAUAACUAUGCCUCUAAGAAAGCUGUUACAGCAUGAUGUAGCUUGGGAAUGGAGAUAAAGAGAAGAAACAGACUUCCAAAAUGCUCAAGAAAUCCGUUACAGAUGCCACAAAAUUAAAAUACUAUGAUAUGAAUAA